GAGCAGUACAGAGAAGGUGGCACCAUUGGACACGCUCAUAGGACAGAUAUAUACCAGGCGGUUUGUUUUUUUUCGGAGGGGAGGAAGAUAUCCAAACCGUGACAUCAUAUUCACCAGAGGCACAAAGUGGAGGGUAAAACGGGCGCAAAUGUGACUUAAGGAACAGACUCAGGUGCAAAGAAAAGCAAACUGGCGGCGCACUUAAUAUGCAGAAGUCACCAGUGGAAGAUGCAAACUUCCUCUCCAAAUAUUUCUUCUGGUGGACGUCACCGCUGCUCAGAAAAGGCUUCACGAAGAAGUUGGAGCUGACAGAUGUGUACAAGGCUCCUUCGUUUGAUCUGGCAGACAACCUCUCGGAGAGACUCGAACGAGAAUGGGACAGAGAGGUGGCUUCAGCCAAGAACAAGCCCAGGCUGAUGAGAGCGCUGGCCCGAUGCUUCAUCGGACCCUUCGCCUUCUUCGGCAUCCUCCUCUACCUCGGGGAGGCUUCCAAGACAGUGCAGCCUCAGCUCCUGGGUCGCAUCAUCGCCUCCUUCGACCCUUUCCACGCCCCGGAGCGGAGCCAGGGAUACUUCCUGGCGCUCGGGCUCUGCCUCCUCUUCACCGCCCGCUUCCUCCUGCUGCAACCCGCCAUCUUCGGCCUGCACCACCUGGGCAUGCAGAUCCGCAUUGCUCUUUUUAGUCUCAUAUACAAGAAGACGCUGAAGCUGUCGAGCCGAGUGUUGGAUAAGAUCAGCACGGGUCAGCUGGUCAGUCUGAUGUCGGCUCACCUCAACAAGCUGGAUGAGAGCCUGGGUCUGGCCCACUUUGUGUGGAUCACCCCCCUGCAGUGCAUCCUGUGUGUGGGUCUGCUGUGGGAGCUGAUCGAUGUGAACGGCUUCUGCGCGCUGGCCGCUCUCACUCUGCUCGGCAUCAUCCAGGCCUGGCUCUCCCAGAAGAUGGGACCGCACCGGGCGGAGCGAGGAGUACUGAUCAGCCGCCGCCUGGCUCUCACCUCGGAGAUCGUGGAGAACAUCCACUCUGUGAAGGCUUACGGCUGGGAGGAGGUGAUGGAGACCAUCAUCAAGAACAUCCGGCAGGACGAGAUCACGCUGACAAGGAAGAUCGGGUCCCUGCGUUACUUCUACAGCGCCUCCUACUUCUUCUCCGCCAUCCUGGUCAUCGUGUCAGCCGUCGUGCCGCACGCGCUCAGUAGAGGCAUCAUCCUGCGCCGCAUCUUCACCACGGCCUCCUACUGCAUGGUGCUGAGGAUGACCCUGACCCGCCAGCUGCCGGGGUCCAUCCAGAUGUGGUACGACACGCUGGCACUGGUCAAGAAGAUCGAGGAAUUCCUGAUGAAGGAGGAAUACCGAGCGAUUGAGUACAACCUCACCACCACCGAGCUGGAACUGGUCAACGUGUCGGCCUCCUGGGACGAGGGUAUUGGCGAGCUGUUUGAGAAGAUCAAGCAGGAGAACAAAGCGAAUGGACACCUGAACGGAGACGCCGGCCUCUUCUUCACCAACCUCUACAUCACACCUGUCCUGAAGAACAUCAGCCUGUACCUGGAGAAAGGAAAGAUGCUAGCAGUGGCUGGAUCCACGGGCUCCGGGAAGAGCUCCCUGCUGAUGCUGAUCCUGGGGGAGCUGGUGCCGUCGGAGGGUAAAAUUCGACACAGCGGUCGCGUCUCCUUCUCGCCUCAGACUUCCUGGAUCAUGCCGGGGACGAUCCGCGACAACAUCCUGUUCGGCCUGACCUACGACGAGUACCGCUACACCUCCGUCAUCAAGGCCUGCCAGCUGGAAGAGGACUUUGCCUUGCUGCCGGAGAAAGACAAGACGCUCCUGGUGGAAGGAGGGGUGACGCUCAGCGGGGGGCAAAGGGCUCGUCUGGGCCUGGCCAGGGCUGUGUAUAAAGAUGCAGACCUCUACCUGCUGGAUGCUCCCUUCACACACCUGGACCUGGUGACGGAGAAAGAGAUCUUUGAGAAAUGCGUUUGCACUCGUAUGGCCUCCAAGACGCGCAUCGUGGUCACCAGCAAGUUGGAGCAUCUGAAGCGAGCCGACCGGAUCCUCCUGCUGCACAACGGAGACUGCUUCUUCUACGGAACCUUCUCCGAGCUGCAGGCCAAGCGCCCCGACUUCAGCAACCUGCUCCUCGGCAUGGAGGCGUACGACAACUUCAACGCCGAGCGCCGCAGCUCCAUCCUCACGGAAACCCUGCGCAGGGUCUCCAUCGACGAGACGGCCGGCUUCAGAGGCCCGGAAACACUCCGCCAGUCGUUCCGCCAGCAGCCGCCUGUCAUAAACGGAUCCCAAGGUCAUCCUGGAGGUGAUGGCUACCCGGAAAAACGCAAACAGUCCCUCAUCCUGAAUCCUCUCGCCGCUGCUCGGAAGUUCUCCUUCAUCGGGAACUCCCAACAGACUGCGAACACACCCCAGUCCACCACCAUAGAGGACGGCGUCCGGGAACUCUCCGAGAGGAAGUUCUCCAUGGUGCCCGAGGAUGACCAGGUGGAGGAGGUGCUCCCCAGGGGGAACCUGUACCAUCACGGGCUGCAGCACCUCAACGGGCAGCGGCGGCAGUCGGUGCUGGCGUUCAUCACCAACUCUCAGGGCCACGUGCGGCGGGAGCAGAUGCAGUCGUCCUUCAGGAAGAAGCUGUCCAUCACGCCGCAGUGCGACCUGGUGUCCGAGCUGGACAUCUACGCCCGCCGCCUCUCCAAAGACAGCGUCUAUGACAUCAGUGACGACGUGGACGAAGAGGACAUGGAGCAAUGCUUCGCCGAUGAGCGUGAGAACAUCUUUGAAACUACCUCAUGGAGCACUUACCUGCGCUACAUCACCACCAACAAGAGCUUAGUCUACGUCCUGAUCUUCAUCAUGUUUGUCUUCAUCAUUGAGGUUGCUGGUUCAGUCGUUGGGAUUUUUCUCAUCACUGAUGAGAUCUGGAGGGACAGCGCUAACCCUUCCUCCCCGAACUACAUCGACGAGCAGCCCCAGAACGCCUCGUCGCCGCCCGUGCAACUGGCGGUCAUCGUCACGCCAACCAGCGCGUAUUACAUCAUCUACAUCUACGUGGCGACCUCGGAGAGCGUGCUGGCGCUGGGCUUCUUCAGAGGACUCCCCUUGGUGCACACGUUACUCACCGUGUCCAAACGGCUCCACGAGCAGAUGCUGAGCGCCGUGCUGCGAGCCCCCAUGGCCGUGCUCAACACCAUGAAGACGGGCCGGAUCAUGAACAGAUUCACGAAGGACAUGGCCACCAUCGACGACAUGCUGCCUCUGGUGCUGUUUGACCUCAUACAGCUGACACUGAUCGUAACGGGAGCCAUCUUCACCGUGUCCAUCAUCCGGCCGUACAUCUUCAUCGCUGCCAUCCCACUGGGUGUCAUCUUCGUCAUCCUCAGGAAAUACUUCUUAAGAACCGGACAGCAACUCAAGCUGCUGGAGGCUGAAGCCCGAAGCCCGAUCUUCUCCCACCUCAUCAUCUCCCUGAAAGGUCUGUGGACGAUCCGGGCGUUCGGGCGGCAGACCUACUUCGAGACGCUCUUCCACAAAGCACUGAACACUCACACGGCCACCUGGUUCCACUACCUUUCCACGCUGCGCUGGUUCCUGUUCCGCUGCGACAUGAUCUUUGUCCUCUUCUUCUCCGCCGCCGCCUUCAUCGCUGUGGGGACAAACAAGGACAAACCAGGGGAGGUUGGCAUCAUCGUGGCCCUCGCUAUGCUCAUCCUCGGGACUUUCCAAUGGGCCGUCAUCACCAGCAUCACUGUGGAUGGACUGAUGCGUUCGGUGGAUCGGGUGUUCAAGUUCAUCGACCUGCCGCCGGAGGAGCCGAUGCCGGGGAAGCCUGCAGGUAAAGGAGGCCCGGACCUCGUCAUCGACAACCCGCACGCUCAGGACUGCUGGCCCAACCGCGGACAGAUGGACGUCCAGGGCCUGACAGUGAAAUACACGGAGGCCGGACGCUCGGUCCUCAGCGACAUCUCCUUCUCCGUGGAGGGGGGGCAGAGCAUUGGUCUGCUGGGUCGGACAGGUUCAGGAAAGAGUACCCUGCUCUCCGCUCUGCUGCGCCUCGCUUCCACUGACGGAGAAAUCUCCAUCGAUGGCGUCUCCUGGAGCUCCGUCUCCUUGCACACCUGGAGGAAGGCCUUCGGGGUCGUGCCACAGAGAGUGUUUAUCCUGACCGGCACCUUCCGGAUGAAUCUGGACCCUCACUGCCGUCACAGCGAUGAGGAGCUGUGGAGAGUCGCUGAAGAGGUGGGUCUGAAGUCGGUGAUCGAGCAGUUUCCAGAUAAGCUGGACUUCCAGCUGGAGGACGGGGGGAACGUGUUGAGUAACGGACACAAACAGCUGCUGUGCCUCGCCCGCUCCAUCCUCAGCAAGGCCCGCAUCCUGCUGCUGGACGAGCCCUCCGCCUACCUCGACCCCAUAACGUUACAGGUGCUGAGGAAGACGCUGAAGCACGCGUUCUCCGGCUGCACCGUCAUCCUCUCAGAACACAGAGUGGAGCCGCUGCUCGAGUGUCAAUCAUUCCUGAUGAUUGAGGGCAGCUCCAUGAAGAGCUACGACUCCCUCCAGAAGCUUCUGAACGAGACGAGCCACCUGAAGCAGGCUAUGAGCCCGGCCGACCGCCUGCGCCUCUUCCCCACGCUGCACCGCCUCAACUCCAGCAAGAGGCCGCCGCCACAGCCCGCCAAGAUCUGCUCUCUGAAGGAGGAGGCCGAGGACGAGGUCCAGGACACCCGCCUCUAACAGGCCAGGCUGACAGACACACACACUCUAAAGGACAAAACAAAAAGGGCUUGAUCAAGUGUUAUAAUUCUAAGAGGCCAAAAGAAAACCUUUUUCAGCCAAAAUGAGCCCGAAUUACCAGUCAAACAGCAUCUCAAUCAUUAAAACUGACCCUGAAAUGUACUUUUAUUCAAUAGAACAGCUCCACUGGAUCAUUGGAGACAAAUAUCCAGAUUUAACUCUCAUGCACACAUGCAAAUUAGCAUGUAGCGACACAAGCACAACUAAAAAGGAGGUUUUGCACACAGUAUGAGAACAGGAUAUUCAAAGUGGCCAAAAUUAAACAUAUAUUAGCCAUAAUCCCCAUAAUUACCAGCCAAACAGCAGCUUAAACACUAAAACUGUCCCUGAAAUGUACUUUUAUCCAAUAAGAGCUCUACACUUUUGGCCACAUUACCUGUCACAAAGCAUCUCAAAACGUUGAUUUAAUAGAAGGCUCUAUUUACACUGUAUCCUAGUUGAAUAAGAUCCAGAAUUUAGAACGAAGUGCAGAUUUUAAUCCUUACACACUCAUGCAAAUUAGCAUGAAGCAGCACACACACAGUUAAACACAGCAAAAACACACAGCUGUUAAAAGUCACAUAUACAGAAGCUGUAUGUGGACCUCAUUGAUUCACAGAGAUUGACUUUGAUAUAAAAGGUGGUAAAGGAUGUUUGGCACACACCUUAUUAGGAGUAAAUGUCCUGCACACACACUUCUACAUGAAUAUGAAUCAGGUGUGUAGAGUUUCAAGGUUUAGAUCACAAUACAUUUAGGAGCAACAGCACAUGUUGCUCAAUGCAAUAACACGUCUGCGAGUUUUAAAGAGCCGUCAGUCAAAAUGUAAUGUAUGGGAAUCAGGAUUAGGAGAUUAGGCUGUGUGAUAGGUGCAGCUUUUGUUGUAAAUUUGUCAUAAAAUGUGAGUGAAUGUGUUGCAGGGAGCGCUGUGAAGGAGGCUCUUACUCCCAGAAACAGAGCUAGACUUCUGAAAUGGAUGAGCACAUGGUAACAUCUGAAAGUGUCUGGGUCUGUGUGAAUACCUGGACUCCUAAUUGUUGAUCUGAAGUGCCUCUGGAGGUUUAACUCCGCUGCUUUUUGCUUGGCUGGACACAGUUUGUUCAGAUAAUCAUCAAAAGGUGGCCAAAAAGUUUCAUUUGCUUUAAAAAAGCACGAAAUGUUUAAAAGAAAAUGUUGGAUUUGUUUCAAUUAAGGGACUUUAACUAGGAACAACCAGCUCCUUCUCCACGGAGCCUUUAGCCUCUCUAGAUUAUAUUUUAGUUUGGAGUUAACACAGAGGAGGAGCCGCUGUAGAAGUCUGACUUUGGAAACAUGUCGAAGCAUCCUUUGCAAGAAACUGAACCCCAAACUGCUCCGUGUGGUGGGAGCUCUCAAUUAACACAUCAGUCACUAAUUAUAAUGCAACCUAACUAAUAAUAUGCACAAACUGCUCAGCUUCAGUUUGCCGUAACUAUUUAUUAAUGAUAACGUUUCUGACCUCUCUGUUUGGUCUAAAGUCAUAUUGUUUUUGUUUGGCUGGUACAAACUGAUAUAAAUACCCAGCUCAAGCGCUAUUUUUUAUACAUCAGUGGUUUGAACUUGCAGAUUUGGUGUGAUAAGAUGAUGAGAAAUUUAUUGGAUAAAUACUUUGAUAUUUUUUCUAUUUUUCAAAAAAAGAUGCCAAAAUGCAUUAAAACCCCCCCCCCCGAAAAUGGGCAUUUAUGUUUUAAUGGCAGGAAAACCAUAAGCACUGUUUGUAACCCAUGUGUCCUUUUAUUAAGCACAGUUUUGUCUUCUUUAAAUGUAAAUAAGGCGCCAAAGUGCUUAAAAAAAGCAUCAAAACAGCCAAAUAGUGCCAUCUUAUCUCUUAGCAAAAGAAGCUAUUAUACAGACUUUGUUGGGCAGAAAUGCUACAGUAUAUACAGGAAGUGAAGAUCAGUUUAAUGCAACAGGAAAUGAAGGAUGCAAGACUUCUACGGUGGCUUCGUCUGUGUUGCGUUCAAGUACCUUCUCAAUAUGUGCUUUUCUAUCUCUGCUAUCGGUCUCAUCCUGCAGUAUCUUCGUGAACACGUCAACAGGAACAGUUGUAUAAUGAGUAAUAACUAUCUGUAUGCACUUUAAAGACACCCUGAGGUACUCACAGCGAGGAAACACGAUCAUCUUUGAUAACAUGUACAUUUGUGACUUUUAUUAACAAGUUACGCUUAAUUUUUCAGCCUUUUGUUACUUGAUACUACAGAAGAGACAAAAAAAAUACAUUUUCUAUGUGAAAGUAUAUUUUUCCAGAGCUGUACAAAUGCAAACAUUUAGGAUUGAUUUCAUCUACACUUCCCUCGGAAACUGGAAUCCUUUUUCUAACAUAACUUUAUUUUCUUUGGUUGAGGGAAGAGUGUGUUUCAUACUGUAUAGUAGUUUUGUAAAAUGAAGGUACCGUGGAGAAACGCCUCGAUAUGUGAACUGUGAGACUUUCUUUUUUUUUUACAGAGUAAAUUAAGAACAAAGCUGUUUCUUACUCAUAGGAAAAAGGGACACUGAUGUCCAGAAUAAUGUAUAAAUGUUUUUGUUCAAUCAACUAUAUUUCCAGUAAAACUAAAGAUUUUAAGAA